ACUGUGCGCCGUCGCAGGAAGCGGUAGCAAUGGCAACCAAGCUGGGGAGAAUUGCUAGGUUUCAGGUUCAGAAGUUGAAUGGGGAUCCUGCGGUCAGAUACUUUAGUUCACCUGCACCAACAACAAAGUUAUUUAUUGAUGGAAAGUUUGUUGAGUCUAAAACAAAAGACUGGAUAGACUUGCACAAUCCAGCAACAAAUGAGGUGGUUACUAGAGUCCCAAAGUCAACACAGGAUGAAAUGGAAGCAGCUGUGGCCUCAGCAAAAGAGGCUUUUAAAUCUUGGUCCAAUACCUCGAUACUGACUCGUCAGCAAAUAAUGUUCAAAUAUCAAGACAUAAUUCGCAAAAAUAUGGGUGAGUUGGCAAAAAACAUUACCACAGAGCAAGGAAAAACCCUUGUAGAUGCAGAAGGUGACGUUCUACGUGGCUUGCAGGUGGUGGAACAUUGCUGCAGUGUGACCUCUUUGGCACUGGGAGAAACGCUACCCAACAUUGCGAAGAAUAUGGACACACAUUCGUACCGCUUGCCACUUGGUGUAACUGCUGGAAUCACACCUUUCAACUUUCCUGCUAUGAUCCCAUUAUGGAUGUUCCCUGUUGCUACAGUUCUGGGAAAUACAUCAGUGAUAAAGCCUUCAGAACGUGAUCCUGGUGCUUGUAUGAUGUUGAUGGAGAUGCUAAAUGAAGCUGGUUGUCCUCCAGGUGUAGUCAAUGUGAUACAUGGUGCACAUGAAUCAGUUAACUUUAUUUGUGACCAUCCAGAUAUUAAAGCCAUUUCCUUUGUUGGAUCUGAUCAAGCUGGCAAGUACAUUUAUGAACGAGGUUCACGAAAUGGUAAACGUGUACAGUGCAACAUGGGAGCAAAGAAUCAUGGUGUCAUUAUGCCGGAUGCAGACAAGGAACGUACACUAAAUCAGCUUGUGGGGGCAGCAUUUGGUGCAGCAGGGCAGCGUUGCAUGGCUCUUAGCACAGCUGUUUUCGUGGGUGAAGCAAAUGACUGGCUACCUGACUUGGUGGACCGAGCAAAGAAAUUAAAAGUCAAUGCAGGUCAUGUUCCUGGCACAGAUUUAGGCCCAGUCAUCUCCCCACAGUCCAAAAAAAGAAUUUGUGAUCUUGUUCAGUCUGGUGUUGAUGAUGGAGCACAGUUGCUGCUAGAUGGCAGAGAUAUUGUGGUUCCUGGUUUUGAGAAAGGGAAUUUCAUUGGACCCACAAUUUUAAGUGGUGUUAAGCCCAGUAUGAAAUGUUACAAGGAGGAAAUAUUUGGUCCAGUUCUUAUAAUUUUGUCUGUUGACACUCUGGAUGAAGCAGUGCAGUUGAUCAACAGAAAUCCGUAUGGUAAUGGAACAGCAAUCUUCACCACUAAUGGAGCAACUGCUAGAAAAUUCACCAAUGAAAUCGAUGUUGGACAGGUUGGUGUCAAUGUACCAAUACCUGUCCCACUGCCAAUGUUCUCCUUCACUGGUACGAGAGGAUCAUUUCUUGGAGAUGCACACUUCUAUGGUAAACAGGGUGUCAACUUCUACACACAAGUGAAGACUGUUACCCAGAUGUGGCAUCAGAGUGAUGUCACACACAGCAAGCCUUCUGUUGCAUUCCCAGUCAUGCGAUAGAAAGUAUUUCUACUUGAAAUAAUUUUCAGCUUCAGUGAAUCUAGAACUGUUAAUUUAGAAGCUGAAUUCUCAUUGUUGUUUCACGCUACUAGAAAGGUUUUACCUAAGCAUUCAAAAUUUCAAGAUAUAUUUAAGUUUUGCACAGAAUAUUUGUGACAAAGAUUUCAUUCCACAGAAUAUUUCUUACCUAAAUUGAUGUACAAAUCAAUAGCUGUAAAGUGAAUGUUCGAUUAUUUAUCUUAGACUGAAUAUUGUCCCGGUGCUUUUAAGCGCUUAAUUUGUAUUGAUAAAUCUCACAGAAGUUUCUCUUCACAAGUUAAAACUUCUGUGAGUGUAUGAAACUACUUAGGCUAUUCAUAUAGUCCUUAUUUCUAGUUGUAUAUGACAAAUUCAUCUCAAAAUAGUGGCAUUACCUCAAGUACAUGGAUUUUAACUGUAAUAUGGUCUUACAUGCCAUGAACAUUCAGAGGCACAUGUUACUUCAAAAGUAAAUAGUCUUCCACAUGCGAACUUAAGACUGAAGAACCAGUCUUCCAUUGUAAAUAU